AUGAAGCUAUUUCUAGUACUCAUCGGUUUGACAAUGGCGGCAGCGGCCUCUCCGUACCGUCAUGAGUCCGUUUUCAGGGACUACCUCGCAGAAGUUGGUAUCCCCCAUUCCGCGCUGAUAAAGACCUCUGAGGAGGCAAUGGACUUUGAUGGCUCCAGAAUAGUCGGCGGUUGUGUCCAUUUAGGACAGCUCUACCAGACUAUGACUCUGGAGGCGUUAAGCAAAACAGCAACAUCGUCGAGAUGCAUUCUGACUACAACAUUGAGAAACGAUAUCGCCGUAGUGACCAUUACUAACGUCGGAUUCAAUAACAAUAUUCGCGCUAUUGGAUUAGCCGCAGGCAGCAACCAGUACGCAGGAGCCCAAGCUAUUGGUUUCGGAAGAACCGGUGACUCGAGUGCCGGUCAAAUAACCCGCGCUCAAGUACUGAGACACGUGAACAUUCAGAUAAUUAGCAACAGCGAUUGUGGCGGCGUGUACGGCAGCCACAGAAUCUUCUCGUCCACACUCUGCACCAGUGGGGCGAACAAGCGCAACAUCUGCAGCGGUGACUUCGGUCACCCCCGCAGAGGCGGGGCCGAGCGGACCACGGCCCCUCGUGGUCAGCAAUGCAUUGUGCUCAAAUGGACAUUCACAAGUCUAAUCAUUAUGCAACUGAUCCUGGUUCUUCUCGGAGUAACGGCGGCCCUCGCGGCUUCUCCAGUCCAGUACGAGCCCAUCAUCACCGACUAUCAUUUUGAGAUCAGAAUUCCCGAGGCUGCGCGAAUCAAGGCCGCCAAAGAGGCCAUGGACUUCGACGGCUCCAGAAUCGUUGGGGGCUCGUUUUCCAACCUCGGUCAAUUCCCUUGGAUGACAACAUCCGAUCAAUCAAUUUCUGACAGCAAUUUUUAUGUUGGAGCAUCGGCUAUUGCUAUCGGUUUCGAAAGAACUGGUGACGGCCCAUCAGGUGGUAUCAACAACCCCAACCAACCAUUGAAACACGUCAAUCUGCGAGUCAUCAGCAACAACGAAAGCGCGUCAGUCUUCGGCAGCGAACCAGUCAUUGCGUCGACUAUCUGCGUCCGCGGCUCCACCAGGGCCAACAUCUGCAGUGGCGACUCUGGCGGCCCUCUUGUCAUCAACAACAAUCUGUUGCUCCACAUUUCCGUGAUAUAUACGGUUACUGUUCAGUUUCAUUUUGCUAAACGAUUGCGAAGGGCGUAUAUUUUUCUAAAAUAUUAA